AUGAUUAAUUCAGACUGUCUCGCGUUCUUGAGCAGGGGAGGGAGGCUCGAGCAGGCGGCGGGGCUGAGGAGGAGUGAAGAGGAGCUGCGGAGCGGAGCAGGGAUCUGCACGACCUUUCGCCGGUCGCCACUCGCCAGAGCAAAGAAGGCGAACGACAUAGUGGCAGAGCAGGGAUCGGCUCGGCAGAUCAGGGUCGUGGGUUGCUUUCGAGCUUUCGCUAGUCUCGAGUCACCGGUCGCAGGCCGCCAGUCGUCGAUCCCAGGCCGCCAGUCGCGAGUCGCCGGUCACAGCUCGCAGGUCACCAUUGGCCAGAGGAGAAGAGGAGGAGCGGCGGGGCGGGGUGGAGCUGCGCUGGGAAAGAGAAACUAUGAAAUGGGCUUUUCAUUAGAUUAG